AUGGAGCAGAGUAUUCGCAGUGAGAACUCUGGAAGAUCACUACAAAACAUUAAUCGAAUUGUACCGAACUUUGAUAAUGAGUCUAUUAACCAAAGGGCACUCCAACUGCUACAGAGGAACAGACAGAGAAGGCAAUUGUUAGAAAGACAGGAAGAUAAAGCUCGCUAUGUUGCACCAAGUAUUAAAAAACGAGAUAAGGUAGAUGACGGAGAUUUUAGUGACUUUGAGCCUCUUGGUGUUGUACAUGAGCCAGUUCGGAGGAAUCGUCAUAUAGUGAGUAAGAAAAGAAGAUAUAAACCAAGCGAUGUUGCUUUACAGGAAAUCAGAAGAUUUCAAAGGUCCACAGAGCUAUUGCUGUCCAGAAUGCCGUUUGCGCGGCUUGUGAAGGAAGUUACUGAUCAGUUUACUGCGGAAGACCAGCAACUGAGGUGGCAGUCGAUGGCAAUUCUCGCGCUUCAGGAGGCCAGUGAGGCGUAUCUGGUUGGACUGCUGGAGCAUACAAACUUGCUAGCACUGCAUGCUAAGCGGGUGACAAUCAUGAGGAAGGACAUGCAGCUGGCAAGAAGAAUACGAGGACAGUUCAUAUAA